GGCUGUGCGGUGCGGUGCAGAGCGGAGGCGGCGGCGGGCGCGCGGGCAGCUCGCGGGCACCCGGCCGGCGGGCGGGCGCGGGAGCGGGAAAGGGUGCGCUAUGCCUUUAACGCCCGCGUACAGUAGACAUGUAUAGUGGAGUGUAGGGAAACUCUAGGCGGGGUUAAAGUUCAGCUCAUGGAGCGGCAAUAGCGCUGGCUGGCUGCAGUUGAGCCGAGUUGGAAAUGUGAACGCAAGAAGCAGGCUUGAUUUUUUUUUUCUUCCCCCUUCUCUCUCUCUCCUCUCUCUUCUUCCCUCUCUCCCCCUGUCUCCUUCUCUCCCCCUCUCCCUCUUUCUCCUCUCUCCCCCGCACUCACGCACACCUCCAACCCGCACACCCAGACGCACACGCACACCCCACCGCCCGGCAGUUAUGUAUUCUCCGCUCUGUCUCACCCAGGAUGAGUUUCAUCCUUUCAUCGAAGCACUUCUGCCCCAUGUCCGAGCCUUUGCCUACACAUGGUUCAACCUGCAGGCCCGAAAGCGAAAAUACUUCAAAAAGCAUGAAAAGCGCAUGUCGAAGGAAGAAGAGAGAGCCGUGAAGGACGAGUUGCUCAGCGAGAAGCCAGAGGUCAAGCAGAAGUGGGCAUCUCGCCUCCUGGCCAAGCUGCGGAAAGACAUCCGGCCCGAGUACCGGGAGGAUUUUGUGCUGACGGUGACAGGGAAGAAGCCGCCAUGUUGCGUUCUCUCCAACCCCGACCAGAAGGGCAAGAUGCGCAGAAUUGACUGCCUCCGCCAGGCAGACAAAGUCUGGAGGUUGGACCUCGUUAUGGUGAUUUUAUUUAAAGGUAUUCCGCUGGAAAGUACUGAUGGCGAGCGCCUGGUAAAGUCCCCACAGUGCUCCAAUCCCGGACUCUGUGUCCAGCCCCACCACAUAGGGGUUUCUGUUAAGGAACUCGAUUUAUAUUUGGCAUACUUUGUGCAUGCAGCAGAUUCAAGUCAAUCUGAAAGUCCCAGCCAGCCAAGUGACGCUGACAUUAAGGACCAGCCAGAAAAUGGACAUUUGGGCUUCCAGGACAGUUUCGUCACAUCAGGUGUUUUUAGUGUGACCGAGCUGGUAAGAGUGUCACAGACACCAAUAGCUGCAGGAACUGGCCCCAAUUUUUCUCUCUCAGAUUUGGAAAGUUCUUCAUACUACAGCAUGAGUCCAGGAGCAAUGAGGAGGUCUUUGCCCAGCACAUCAUCUACCAGCUCCACGAAGCGCCUCAAGUCUGUGGAGGAUGAAAUGGACAGUCCUGGCGAAGAGCCUUUCUACACAGGACAAGGGCGCUCCCCCGGAAGCGGCAGCCAGUCCAGUGGGUGGCAUGAAGUGGAGCCAGGCAUGCCAUCUCCCACCACACUGAAGAAGUCAGAGAAGUCGGGUUUCAGCAGCCCCUCCCCUUCGCAGACCUCCUCCCUGGGAACGGCCUUCACCCAGCACCACCGACCUGUCAUCACAGGACCCCGAGCAAGUCCACAUGCAACACCAUCGACUCUUCAUUUUCCGACGUCACCCAUCAUCCAGCAGCCUGGCCCUUACUUCUCACACCCGGCCAUCCGCUAUCACCCUCAGGAGACGCUGAAAGAAUUUGUCCAACUUGUCUGCCCUGACGCUGGUCAGCAGGCUGGACAGGUGGGGUUCCUCAAUCCCAAUGGGAGUAGCCAAGGCAAAGUGCACAACCCAUUCCUUCCCACCCCAAUGUUGCCACCGCCGCCGCCACCACCGAUGGCCAGGCCUGUGCCUCUGCCGGUGCCAGACACAAAGCCCCCGACCACAUCAACAGAAGGAGGUGCAGCCUCACCCACCUCACCAACCUACUCGACACCCAGCACCUCCCCCGCAAACCGAUUCGUCAGUGUUGGACCACGGGAUCCAAGCUUUGUAAAUAUCCCGCAACAGACACAGUCCUGGUACCUGGGAUAAAAGUCGCAGCGUCCCACCAUCCACCCGACAGACCACCUGACCCCUUCUCAACUCUGUAACAUGGACGCAUCCUCAACCCAAGCGCGGUUACAACUUCACUGUCAGUGAAAGGGGAGGAAAGCCGAUUCAAAUCAACUUGUACACGGAAACAGCGAGCAUUAUGGUCCAACAGCAAAGGCCAUAAAAACCUUUUGGGAUUUUUUUUAAGAAACAAAAAAGAAAA